GUUAUGAUGAUGAAGCAAAUCCAUUACGUCAAUCAGUAAAUGUGCUACAUGUAUUAAUCAUCAAAUUCAAUCAAAAUUAAAGCAACAACAACAAAAAAAAAUGAGUCUCAUCAUUAGAGAAAACGAUUGACAUUGACAUCUUUGUUUGAACGAUAUCAUCAUCAUCAAACAAUUGAACUUUCAUCAUUUACUACCAUGUUAAUCAACACAUCAAUCAACCAAUCAAUCAAUCAAUGCUACCUAUGUGUUUAUUUGUUUGUCAUUUCUAUGGUAAUAAUCAUCAAAACAGAUUAAGUCAUUAAAUUUUUUUAUUUUAUAAUCAAAAUGAAUUAAUAUUGAAACCGAAACCAUAUUGAUUUAGGUAGCUAUGAAUUACGUACGAGAAAAAUUUUCCACGUAAAAAUAAAAUAUUUUUUACCAUUGCCAAAAAAAAAUGUUUUCAUUAUCAAAUAAAUUGAAACAAUGUUUCACCAUUAUAACUUGUUUGAUAAUCAUUUCAACAUUGUUAUUCAUUCAACAUACCACCAAUCAAUUAUAUCAGAAUCAAUUAAUAGUUGACAAUAUGUCCAUCAGUGAUAGCAAUACGGCCGCAAUAUUAAAACGUUUACGUGAAAUACAAAAAAUCAAUGCUAAUGCUAUCCAUUGGAUAAAACAUUUGAACUUGACCGAUCUGUAUUAUAAUCAAUUGCCCCAAAUUGAAAAUGAUAAUAUUUCAUUGUUUGAAAAUUUUAUUACCAAUUACGAUGUGGAAAAUUUACCAGCUAAAUUUAACCUGUCCAUCGAUGGUUUUGAUACAAUUAAUCAUUUUAAAGAUAGAAUUCUAUUAUUUCAUCUUCAAAUAAUCAAUCAAAUUGAUGUCUACAUUCAUGUUGAUCAACCAUCGAUGACCAUUGUUGAAAAAGAUAUUGAUCGACGAAGAAAAUUGGGAAUGAAAACUAAUAUAAAAAAAUCUGAAUUCAAAGGAAUCACUAGAUUAAUUUAUGGUGCAAGACUAUGUGAUCCAUAUACAUAUGGUGCCCAUUUAACGGUGGUCAUAUUGGUUGUAACUAAACCGGAUGAUUUUCGUUUACGAUCAUUAAUUCGAUCAACUUGGGCAUCAAAAUUUCAAACAGACAAUUCAAGUCGUUUAUAUUUUGUAUUCGGACAAAUGAAACAGAAAAUGUUUGAUUUUCGUAAAAUUGAAGAAUUGAUUCGACGAGAAAAUGAAUAUUUCAAUGAUAUUAUUCAAUGGAAUUAUCAGGAAGAUUAUUUUCGAUUAACAAUUAAAUCUAUGGCCAUUAUACGUUGGGCAAGCGUUUAUUGUCCAUUAGCUGUAAAUGUAUUCAAAGUGGAUGCCGAUGCAUUGAUAAAUCAUGAUAAUUUUAUUGAAUUUUGUCGAAAAUUAAAACAAAAACAAGAACAAAAACAAAAACCAGAUGAUUAUAAUGAAACAAAAAUGUUGCCACCACGAUUUGCAAUCUAUGGAAAUCUUUGGAAUAAUUCGGCAGUAAUACGUUUACAGAAGAAUAAAUUCUUUACUAGUUUUCGUGAUUAUUCCAAAAAAUUUUAUCCACUUUAUUCUGGUUCCGCUUGGCUUAUGAAUGGUCGUUCAAGUUGUUUAUUCAUUUAUUUAGCUGCUGUACAGCAAGCAAUGCCUGCAUUACUGUGGGAAGAUAUCUAUAUAACCGGUAUUGUACCGGAAAAAUUGGAAAAAAUUUCAAAAAUUUCAUUUCGACGACAUCAAAUACCCGGAUUUCAAUUCAAUGUUGAACCAAAACAUAUUGAUCAAUGUAUUUAUAAUCGUAGUAUUAUUUUUACGGAAAAAAUGAAAGAAUCAAACAUAGAAUCAAUUUGGAACAGAGUGACCAGACAAAUUGUUGUUAAAAAUCGGACAAAUUCAUCAACCAUUAAUAAAUGUAAAUUUCAAUUGACGUGAUCAUCAGUAUGCCUUUUUUUUUUUUUUUUUUUUUUGAUUUUGAGACUGUGAUAAACAGGGAAUCCCUUGUUUUUUCUUUGAAUUUAACGAUGUAAAUUUUUGAAAUCAAAAUACACAUUGUUGAGUGAAAUAUUCAAAUUUCUUUUUUAGUUUUUUGUUAAAUUUUUCAUCCCAUAUAACCAAGUUUAUUCUCUUGUUGUUGUAAAUAGAAUGAAAUAAAUAUAA